GCGGAAACCGCUGCAGAAACCAACCGCCUUUCCUCACCUACUGUAUCUGAGCCAGGACUGUCUGUCGGCCUGAAAAACGGACCGUGGGCGAACACAAACAAGCAGAACGAGGAGCGGUGCAUAGAGGGACGACAAGAUGCCGCACAACUUCCGGCCCGGGGAUCUUGUCUUUGCUAAAAUGAAGGGAUAUCCCCACUGGCCGGCCCGGAUUGAAGAUGUUGCGGAAGGAGCUGUCAAACCACCUCCUAAUAAGAUCCCCAUUUUUUUCUUCGGGACUCACGAAACAGCAUUCCUUGCACCUAAGGACCUUUUUGAGUAUGACAAGAACCAAGACCGAUAUGGGAAGCCCAACAAAAGGAAAGGGUUCAAUGAAGGCUUGUGGGAAAUCCAAAACAACCCUCAUGCCUCCUAUACCACACCUGCAGCUGCAUCAUCAUCGGAAAGCGAAGACAACCAACCUGCUGCGGGAAGUGAUGCAGAAGAUGAAGAGGAAGCAGUGGUACCAAGGAAAGCUGAAACGGGAAGUGAUGAUUCUGACUCUGGGAGUGAGGAUCAAAGGAAGGCGGCAGUGAAGCGGAAAGCUCCUGCUGCAAAGCGGCCACCAGUGAAGAGAACACGGGCAUCAUCCAGUGAUCGAGAUGGAGAGGAGAGUGGAUCUCCCUCAGAACCGGAACCAUCACCCAGCUCUGACUCUGAAUCCGGCAAAAACAGCGACCAGGACUUCACACCGCAGAAGGAUUCGGGCGGUCGAGGUGGCAAAAAGCCAGCUGGCAGAGGCAGGAGGAAGAAGGCAUCAUCAGGCUCUGAUUCAGACUCUGGCUCCCAGUCAGAUCAGAAAGCUGCCAAGAGCGAAUCAGAAGACGAUAAGCCACGGCCAGCCGUCUCUGGAUCCGAUUCGCAGUCUGGAUCCAAAUCCGAUUCCGAUUCAGAACCUCCUCCUGCAAGGAAAGGCCCUCAAGGGCGCAAGAAAGCGGAGAAACCUCCACCAAAGCCACGUGGAAGGAAAGCCAAAGCAGCUCCAGAAAGGCCUCCUUCCUCUUCAUCAGAUAGUGAUAGCGAUAGCGGGACGGACCGCGUCAGUGAGUGGAAAAAGAGAGAUGAGGAGCGGCGGAAGGAACUGGAGGAGCGAAGGAAGAGGGAGGAGGCAGAAGAGCUCCGUCGGCUCCGGGAGCGAGAAAAAGAGGAGGAAGAAAAAAGGAAAAAAGAGAAAGAGACCAAGGCCAGGAAAGGAAGCAGCAGCAGUAGCAGCAGCAGCAGCUCGGAUGAGGACGUGGAUGAUCACCCUCUCAAAAAAUCCAAGAAACCUCCCCCUGCCCCCAUCCCUGCUCCAUCAGACUCCGACUCUCCACCUCCCUCAGAGGUAAAAAAAUCGGCCAAGCGUCAAGAUAGCCAGAAAGGGCGGCAAAAGAAAGAGAAGGAGGUGAAAGAGAAAAAGGAGAGACAUAUCAAAGAAAAGAAGCCACAGAGAUCAGAGGAGAAACACAAAGCGAGGUCUAAGCCCGAGAAGCCAAAACGGAAGUCGGUGCGUCAACCUGAGAAGAAAGUUGAGAAGAAAAAAGAACCCUCACCUGAAGAGAAACUACAGAAGCUCCACACAGACAUCAAGUUUGCACUGAAGGUUGACAACCCAGACAUUGAGAAGUGUCUACAGGCCUUGGAUGAGCUCGGCUCGGUACAAGUGACCACUCACACCUUACAGAAGAACGCAGAUGUUAUUGCCACACUCAAAAAGAUUCGCCGGUACAAAGCAAGUAGUGCAGUGAUGGAGAAGGCCACCGCAGUCUACAAUAAACUAAAGCUCCAGUUUAUUGGCAAGAUUGAGACCGGUAAACCAAAGCCGGAUGAAAAGAACCAAGAAAGCAAUGAGCAAGACACACAAAACACAGACGACUCUAAACCAGUGAACGGAGAAUCAGAAAGCGAGAUAAAAGAUGUUUCUGAUUCCGAAAGCAAGCCCAAUCCCACAGACCAUGAGAAACAGGAUGAGAACAAAUCCCCAAACGGCAUCAGGCCUAAUCCAGAUGACCCUAUAGAGCAGCAAAAACUCACAACUGACUCUCCAGAGCCCAAUCCGACAGCAGACACAGACGUAAAAGAGGACAGCCGAGCACAGGACGAGCAGAUGUCUUCUGAGAGCUGAACUGCGUUUGUCUCUUUUAUGCUCACAAACACACUUUGGCUUCCUUCAUUCAUUUGUGUUAUUUUUUGUCUGCCCACCUUUGUGACCUACAUGAGUUUUUCGUGUUGUACAUAAAACGUGAUAUGAACAUUUAUUAGCACUUUUGAAUCGAGACGUCACGAGGCAAACAAGCGCCUUAAUCUAAAUGUUGGAUGUGUAUGAUUCUGCACUAACCUCAUUUGGAUAGCCGAAGGGGAACGUUUCAUUUCAGAACCACACUGACGUCUAGGGGGGGGGAAACACCGAAGCCCAAAUGUAUUUGAUGACUGUGCUUGUACUAUGUAGCUGCUUUUUAUGAGUAACUUUUUUCCUUUUGUUUUUUUUAUGAAAAAGGAAAAUGUUUAAAAAAAAAAAAAGAAAGAAAAGUAAAGCAGGCUGGUUUUGUUGAUUGACACCCACUACAAGAGAUCAUGAAGUUUCAUAAUUUUUAGUGCACAAAUCUACAUCUGAUUCUACAUCUGUCUGGUAUGGAUUUCAAUAACUCUGUCUAUGGACUUUUACUAAAUUCUGUAGACAUACCUUUUGUUGUCUGUUGUUUGGUCCUCUAAUAUUCACAACUUACAUCUGCAUAGGUUGACCUCAAUUAUGCUAUUCUUUUUUUGGAUGUCAUAAAACAUGCUUAUCAUGCUUAUUAUAAACAUGUUUCUAGUGCUAUGUAACUUGGUCCAAGCUUUUUUUAGUAUCCGUGAAGGAUUAAAUAAAAAAUUCCGCAUGAUGGCCGACAA